GAAACAUGGACAAAAUGACGUCGAAGUGGACGGAUUUGAACGGGAAAAUUAGCAAGUUCAACGCUUGUUUCAUUCAAAAGAGCCGAAACCCACAAAGUGGAGCGAGCGAGGCGACGAUCAUGCAACAAGCCACCGAAAUGUAUUGCACAACGUACCAUAAGAGAACUUUUCCACACGUGGCGGCAUGGGAAGUUGCGAGACAUCACCCGAAGUGGGUCCCCGUUGAGUUGGUUGACACGCGUGGUCCUACGGCUCCAAAAAAACGAGGCGGUUCGAAAAGAUCAAAGACCUCCGAUUCGGGGAACUACACGACUUCCGCGUCGGAUAACUUGCCCCAAAUGAACUUAAACGACGAGCCUCUAGACGAACCCGAUUAACCCCUUGACGAGCCCGUUGAGGAAGAUACACCCACAAGGCCACGACGCAGACGAGGUGGUGAUUCGUCAAGCAAAGGGAAGGAGGCGGUGGCGGAGUCGAUCUUUAGAAUCGAAGAGGAGAAAAUGACCCAAUUCAAGAAGGCCGAACAAAGAAAAGAAACAAUGA